AUGGCCACAACGAACAUCGAGCGACAAGUCGACCAAGCCCGAGACGCCACCCAUGAAGCCCCCCAGAUCGUCGCCAGCAAAGCUCAAUCGGCACUGGAGUCUGUCAACCAGAUGGGUAUAGUCCAGCACUAUGUUUUCCCUCCCGCGGGAUACCUCAAGAAUCUAUAUGUCCAAGCUCCCACCAGUGUCAAGAUUGGGGUCGUAGGAUUCGCAAUUUUCAGCUUGGUUUUCCUGCUCCCAGCCUUGGGAGUCUCGCUGCUGGUUGCCUGCGGCGUCGGGUUGGUCAGCAUGGUCGCCUAUGUCGGGUACCUCCUUUCCUGUGCAGUCCUAAGUAUGAUCUGGGGACAUGGUGACUUGCGCAAGGCUAAGCGACAGAUCCGGGAGGCCAAGCAGAGGGCUAAUAAGGGCGGUCGACGAGCCAACGGCUAA